ACCCCGCGGGGCACGCCGGGUAGAAGUGACACGUCCCGUGGAGGAGACGGAGCCACGCAGACGGGUGGCGGGUGGCGUGCGGUAGCCUGGGCGCGUCACCACAGACGGUCAACUCUCGCUGCACAGGCGCUCACGGUUAUUGUUAUUGAUCGCUUGCUCCGGACGUAGCCAUGAUGAAGAAAUUCGACAAGAAGGACGAGGAGUCCGGUGGUGGCUCCAACCCGUUUCAAAAUCUGGAAAAAAGUGCUGUCCUUCAAGAGACUCGGCUUUUCAAUGAAACUCCAAUCAACCCACGGAAAUGUCUUCACAUUCUCACCAAGGUGGUUUACCUCAUCAACCGGGGAGAGCACCUGGGAACCACUGAAGCGACAGAGGCGUUCUUCGCCAUGACCAAGCUCUUCCAGUCCAACGACCCAACGCUAAGAAGGAUGUGCUACCUCACUAUUAAAGAGAUGGCCAACAUUUCGGAGGAUGUCAUAAUCGUCACCAGCAGUUUGACUAAAGAUAUGACUGGUAAAGAAGACCUCUACAGAGGGCCAGCCAUCCGCGCGCUUUGCAAGAUAACUGACACAACCAUGCUGCAAGGGAUUGAACGGUACAUGAAACAGGCCAUUGUGGACAAGGUUCCAAGUGUAUCCAGCUCUGCGCUGGUGUCAUCGCUGCACCUGAUGAAGGGCAGCUUCGACGUGGUGAAGCGCUGGGUGAAUGAAGCGCAGGAGGCGGCAUCGAGCGACAACGUCAUGGUGCAGUAUCACGCGCUCGGUCUCCUCUACCACAUCCGCCGCAAUGACCCCAACGCCGUUUCCAAGAUGGUCGCCAAGUUCACCAAGCAGGGCAUGAAGUCCCCCUUCGCCUACUGCCUGCUCAUCCGCAUCGCCAGCAAGCUGCUGGAGGAGGAGGAUGGCGGGCAUGACAGCCCUCUCUUCGACUUCAUCGAAGGCUGCCUGCGGAACAAGCAUGAGAUGGUCGUGUAUGAAGCAGCUUCGGCCAUUGUGCAUCUGCCCAAGUGCACAGCCAAGGAGUUGGCUCCAGCUGUCUCUGUGCUGCAGCUGUUCUGCAGCUCCCCGAAGCCGGCCCUGCGCUACGCAGCUGUGCGCACGCUCAAUAAGGUCGCCAUGAAGCACCCGUCGGCAGUGACCGCGUGUAACCUUGACCUGGAGAACCUGAUCACGGACUCGAACCGCAGCAUCGCCACGCUGGCCAUCACCACGCUGCUGAAGACCGGCAGCGAGAGCAGCAUUGAUCGCCUAAUGAAGCAGAUCUCUUCUUUCAUGUCCGAGAUCUCCGAUGAAUUCAAGGUAGUGGUGGUUCAGGCUAUCAGCGCCCUCUGCCAGAAAUACCCACGCAAACACUCUGUCAUGAUGAACUUCCUCUCCUCCAUGCUGCGGGAUGAGGGCGGGUUUGAGUACAAGCGGGCAAUCGUGGACUGCAUCAUCAGCAUCAUCGAGGAGGGCGUGGAGAGCAAGGAGACCGGCCUGUCACACCUCUGCGAGUUCAUCGAGGAUUGCGAGCACACGGUUCUGGCCACGCGCAUCCUGCACCUGCUGGGCCGCGAGGGCCCGCGCACCGCCACGCCCUCCAAGUACAUCCGCUUCAUCUACAACCGCGUCAUCCUGGAGAACGAGGCUGUCCGCGCCGCUGCCGUCAGCGCCCUUGCAAAGUUUGGUGCUCAGAAUGAUGACCUUCUGCCCAGCAUUCUCGUUCUUCUGCAGAGGUGCAUGAUGGACGGUGAUGAUGAGGUCCGAGAUCGCUCCACCUUCUACCUCAACAUCCUCCAGCAGAAACAAAAGGCCCUCAAUGCUGUCUACAUCCUCAAUGGUCUUGCCGUGUCGGUGCCCGGUCUGGAGAAGGCUCUGCACCAGUACACGCUGGAGCCGUCGGAAAAGCCUUUCGACAUGAAGUCGGUGCCUUUGGCGACUGCCCCACUGGCCGAACAGAGAACAACCGAAACAGGUCCGAUCAUCACACACAAGCAGCCUGAUAAGGUGGUGGCCUCUCGCCAAGAAAUAUUUCAAGAGCAACUUUCCGCCAUCCCUGAGUUCAAGAACCUGGGCCCAUUGUUCAAGUCGUCGCCACCGACGCAGCUCACAGAGUCGGAGACGGAAUACGUGGUGCGCUGCAUCAAGCACACUUUCCGCAAGCACAUUGUCUUUCAGUUCGACUGCACGAACACGCUCAACGACCAAGUUCUGGAAAAGGUGACCGUGCAGAUGGAGCCCUCGGAGGGUUACGAAGUCCUGACGUGCAUCCCAGCCACCAGCCUGCCCUACAACCAGCCCGGCACCACAUACACGCUCGUCGGCCUGCCGCAAGACGACCCCGCCGCCGUUGCGUGCACGUUCAGCUGCACCAUGAAGUUCAUGGUGAAAGACUGCGACCCCAACACUGGUGUGGCUGAAGACGAUGGUUACGAUGACGAGUAUGUGCUGGAGGACGUGGAGGUGGUGUUGGGUGACCACAUCCAGAAGGUGCUCAAGCCCAACUUCUCAGCGGCAUGGGACGAGGUGGGCGAAGAGUUCGAGAAGGAGGACACCUUUGCGCUCGCCGCCACCAAGACCAUCGAAGAGACCGUGAAGAACAUUGUGAACUUCCUGGGCAUGCAGCCUUGUGAGCGCUCCGAGAAGGUGCCUGAGAACAAAAGCUCACACACGCUCUACUUGGCAGGUGUGUACCGCGGCGGACACGACGUGCUGGUGCGAGCUCGGCUGGCCUUGGCGGACGGCGUUACCAUGCAGGUGACCGUGCGCAGCCAGGAUGCGGUGGUCAGCGACGUCAUCAUCUCAUCCGUGGGUUAGGGGGGAUCAUUUAAACCUGCCUAGCCCCCCCCCCCCCACCCAUCUGCAACCACACUCCUCUCCCCCAGCUCCCAGCCUAUCACAUCAUCAGACGAAGAACACCAACAAGAUUCAAGCCGUGAGACCGUAGGUAGUGUUCGCAAUUUGUUCAGAGGAACGUUCUGUUGAAGCCUCCAAAUUGUUUUAGCCCAUACUUCCAAAGCAAUGCCACAUCGUGUCAUCAUGUACAUUACUUACCUGAAAUUGUUUAUAAAAGAGAAAUUAAAUACCUGUGUCAGCGAUCUGUACCCCAAUCUCCUUUCAUCCACUCUUAAGAACGCUGACAGCUUGUGUGGAGCAGAAGUUUUGCUAUCGUGAGCUACUGUGGAAACUAGGCGUGGGCUACGGUGUAGCGUGGUAUUGAUGGAGUCCGUUUCACAAGAUGUUGAUGUUCAGACAGACCCAUGCAGUCCCCAUAUCUGAUUCGUAAGGUAAGCUAGCGCGGCCUGGCAUUCGUAUUUAGUCUAAACUGUUGAGGCCGUUGGCUUUUAAUAAGGGAUGAUGUGUAUCACUUGAAGGGUUUUGUGACUGUUCCCAGCAACAGCCUAUUUUCAUUUUAGUUCUUGCUUUUGGUCAAGCUUUAUCCUUGCAGUUGUCAUGAACGUCAUACGUCAUUGCUGCAUGAGGUUUGCUGGGGUCACGGUAAACUCGUUUCCCCACAUACGCCGGAUUGUUUACCACAUCCACUGUUGUCAUUCUUCUAUUUCCACAAACUGGAUUAUUGCCUUAAAUAUUUCACACUUAAAAAAAAAUAAAGUCAACAUGAAAAGAGUACUGUUUGUUGCAUAGCGUGAACACAACCGUUCAUUGAAUUGAUGGGAAAAGUACCUCGCUGCUCGAUGGCCUGACUCCGUUGUCAAGGGCAACUUGUCAGCAUAAAAAAUACACACGUUCUAUAAUCAAGCCCUGUGUAUUGUGCCCAGUGAUUGUCACCAAACCACGGAGAGCUUUAGCAAGUGAGUGCCGAGCAAAAAUUGAGCCAUCGCUUUAACAGCAUUGUCCAAUUGGCUUCAAAUUUCCGCAACCCAGUCAGAAUCUCAAAAGCCGUUGAGUCCUCUCGUACACAGGUUCAUCUAAGAGGAGAUAAAUCUCUGCACCCCCCACACAGCAUGGAACGGUCCAAAUUUAAACGCUUCCUGAGUGUGACUUCACUGUCGAUGCUCAUACGCUGUUUUUUUUGUAGUGUUCCAUUAUUGCAUAGGGGUAUGAAUGCGAUUCGUGACGAGGGCAGGUAAUGCAUCGUGUCAUAUAUAUUUUUUAAACGGUGUAAAUGAGAGCCUGCUGUUUCGUAGAAAGCUGCAAUUCCGAGUGCCACGCAUGUUGGCCCGAGAAGAUCUUAAAAUUUUAAGUGUUGGGAAGAGUAUAGCGUGUUCUUUAUUGUAAAACUAUCAUUCCUUAUAAUCUUAAGCUCUUAGAAAUCCGGUGUCGGGCUGGCGUUUAAUUACAAGAACAGUGAAGUCCAAUUCAUCCGCUAAGGUGGGGGUUCGUGUGAUUGCAUCGCCCCAUAAAUAAAAGUAACAUCCUCGGCUCGCGGUCUGUAAAUAGUUAGCAAGUGUCCAGAUUUUUAUUGCAUAGAUUUUCUUUUCUUUUUUUCUCUGAUUACUUAUACAAAAAGUGAUAAUCAGGAUUAUUGGUGUCUUUUCAUAAUUUUCUCUUGAAUGUGCUAGGUUUGUCUUUUUUUGGAAAAAGCAAAAAAACAUGCACAUUCUAUAAGAUCCAUUGAUACUGUAAUGACAUAUAUGACUUUGAAAUAAAGUAAAAUAAAUACUAAAA